CUCACAGGGGCAGCCAGCCACGGCGGCACGAGCUGGACUGUGCAAUAGUGGAGGUAAUAAUAGUAAGACAGUUGGUAUUGUGGUGUGUGUACGCUGGCCGCACGUCUGUGGGCUGUAACAUCUACAGUAAUGAAAAUAGUAACAGAGUUACCGGGUGUUACAAUUCUUUUACUGCAGUGACGAUGUGGUACUGUGUUACAUAAGAUGUUACAUGAGGGUUACUGCCGACUUGGGCGGAGACAGGUUAGAGACAGGUCAUCGACAGCGAGGGUUCACAGGGUGCCCACAUCCAGACCUUACAGGGUGCCCACAGCGAGGUUCUACAGGGUGCCCACAGCGCUUGCAGCACGUGCGCCGGACUCGCGUGCAGGAUGACGCAGCGACAGCAGCAGCACGUCCCCGUACCUCAGCCCACGCACGGACCUCGCCUUCUGCGCCGCAUCUCCAUCGCCAACCGACCACGACCCUUCCGCGUCGCCGUCUUGGGUCAGAAUGGCGUGGGCAAGUCAGCGCUCACUGUGCGUUUCCUGACACGGCGAUUUAUUGGUGACUACGAUCCCAACCUGGAGAAGAUUUACACCUGCACGCGGGUGAUCGACGGCGACACCGUGGUCUUCGAGGUCCUGGACACGGCAACACAGGAGAAUGAGCGAUGUGUCGAGGAGAAUAUCCGUUGGGCUGAUGCCUAUCUUCUCUACUCCGUCACAGACCGCUGCAGCCUCAAUGAGUGUCUCCGCCUCAAGUUCCUCAUCAACUCCUACGGGAAGCGCAACCGCAAGCUGAGUGUGGCGCUGCCGGAGACGGCGCUGUCCAGCAACCCGGUGGCGCUGGUGGGCAACCAGAACGACCGCAGCCUCGACCGCAUGAUCCCCAUGACCGAGGGGUGGCGUGCUGGGGCGCAGCUGGGCUGUGUGGCCUUCUACGAGAUCUCCGUGCGCGAGUGCUGCGACUCGGUGCACACCAUCUUCGAGGACCUGUACACGUGCUACAAGCGACCCAAGAAGUUUCGCGCCGUCUACCCGCGCCGCGCCGUCAGCGUCUGCAGCUUCGACACCAUCAACAGCAGCGACAACGGAGGUGCCAGCGGCACGAACGACGACAGCGAGGCGGCGGCGGAGGACGACGGCGAGAGGAUCAAGGUGGGCGAAGCGGUGACCUCGGUGAACCCUGACACCCGGUGCCAAGAGGAGGGGAGCGUUACAGUCCAUUAGCUAGCUCUUGCCCCCCCUACCUUCCCAGGUGACACAAGGAGAUGUAAGAAGGUUGGAUGACAGCUGAGAGGCACGUGAUGUAUCACGUGUCUGUAUAUCAAUAUGGCAUUAUGGAAUUACAAAAUAUUGGACUUCAGACUUUGUGUCUGCAGCAGGGGUACACAAUACCCGGCGGUCCAAGAUGCCUCGCCCUGGCGCCUACAUACAAACCCCCUGGUGCAGACGGUUGUGGUGGAUCCCUCCGAUCAGUAUCUGAACUAUUUGUGGACAGAAGAGCUUCACGAACAAAUGUAAAAUCUUAUAAAGAUACAUUCUGCCGAGUGUUUGUGUCUUCUCUGUGCUAUGUGCAGUUUCAAUGGCUUCAUUCUUGGCAGGAAGACAGACAAAAAAAAAAUUAAAAGGCGACGAAGCUUCUGCAUUGUAACUGAACUCGCAAAAACUCAUGAACACUUGAUGCAAAGGAAAUAUAUAAAAUAUAUAAAUUCGUGCAAAACUCCGGAGUUUGUGGUCUCUCCAUCCUCAACCCCACCCACAGCUCCCAAGCAAACAAAAGUAAAGAAAGGAUGGGGAUGGAGCAAUGUGAGGCUGGGAAGAUUUUAUUAUUUUUUGUCGUUGCAGUGUAGAAGAAGCUCUCAAAAAAAUGGCUUCUGGCUGAAAUGGUGCUUGAUGUGCAUUCAGACGACUGCGUGGCCCUCGGAUAACAUUAUCUCUUGGCAAGCGAUCUCCGAGCUCGGGGUCUGGCUUAUCCGCAGGAUGCCGCAAAUUUCAUUAAUUCUCGCAGGAGCUCGGGAUCCUGUCCAUGAUGUGUGUGUGAAGCACAAGUGGGUGUUUGAUUCGCUAAACACAAUCAAACAUUUGCACCCUGGCCAAACUGUGUUUGGUGUAUGACAAAGGGAGAGAGAGACCACCUUUAGUGCCGACGCCUUCCUUGUGAUGUUUGUUGUGCUGGACAUGGUGGUCAUGGCGCGCUUCCUCUCCUAGUGAUGACAAGAUAAGUGUAGAACUAUCUUUAGAAAACUCAUGUUAAACAUACACAUCAACUCACAUUCUUCUUAAAUAUUAUUUCCAAACAUCCCUCUCCUUUUCUGUCUUUCUCUCUUUUAUCAGUUGUAUGUUGAUGACAGGUUCUUAUCUUUAACCUGUCACUGUCCCUCCUUCCUCCACAUCUUCAUGCUUUUGUUAUUGUAACGGGCGUGUGCCUGCUUGCCUGCGUGUGUGUGUGUGUGUGCGUGCAGACGUGUGUGGUUCUAGUGUUUUCAUAGGUCACAGUAACCAGCAGUCACGUGUGUGUGGAACAGACAACUAACAAACUUUUAUCUCAAAGACGAGAACCAACAGUCUCUUGUGACACUGUGAUGACAUGUCCUGUACAUAAAGCUUACUGGCAAUCAUUGCUUGUUGUCAAUGACUGUCGUACUGGUCCGCCCAACUCACUGCAUGCCAGCUCUUGGCUAUCAAACUGGCUGUUACAGACAUUGUAAAUAAGAAAUAAUAAAGUCAAAUAAACAAGAAAACAGAAGAUAGUGAGUUGAUCCCCGCUGCAUGCAGACUGUCACGCCUGGAGAUUACCCUCGCUAUCAGGAGGCUAAAAAUAGUGUUUUGGCGGGUGGUUUACAAGGUAAGAAAUGACUUCAAUGCCUUCAGAACCUACAAACACCAGUAAAUGUUUCCCCCUGGAGCAAAGUGCGCGGGUGCUGUCAGAAAGAUACAGGGGUAGGUAACGGGUAUGCACGCUCUUUGUGCACUCGACUGAGCUCAGAGAUUCAUUCACACGGUGUCAUUCACGAAUG